AUGGAGCUCGCAGAGGAGAACUCGGUGCUGCUCGCGGGGCACACCAUGGAGGACCUCUUCCGUGACGAGUUCCCGGACCUGUACCCGCGGCAGGACGCCCCGGGGAACGAGGCCGAGGACGAGGAGGGGGACGGGGAGGCAGAGGAGGGAGCGCAGGCUGAAAAGUACCGGGAGGCAAUGGUGGCAGCCGACGACACGGAGGCGUACAUCAGCGAGCGGGACAGGGCUGCGCGCGAGGACGAGCAUCGCAUGAACCAGCAGCGCGACCAGGCCUUCACGCGGAUGUGGCGCAUCACAGGUCUUCCCGAGAAGUUCACGCCCUUGGAGCUAGACUCGGGAUACAUGCGCAGCCAGGCCAUGAUCAACUCCAAGGGCCUCCUGCAGCGCUUCCUCAUGGAGCGGGAACGGGAGCUCCAGCCACCCAUCACGUACACCUUCAUGGACCGCAACGCGCCCAAGGGCUACCAGACGACGCGUGCGGGGUCCCAGAAGAACAUGUCCCAGCGGUCGCUCCUCGGCGCGCAGCCCGCGGGCCUCGAGACCGUCCAUGGCACCACGGAGGCGCAGGAGGCGCACGUCGCCGCCAUCCUGGCCGCCGCGGACAAGGCCAUGCCGCCCCCGGUGACCACGGGCCUCGAGCAGCUGCAGGACGGCGGGCGGACGAAGCGCGAGGCGAAGCGGACGGCCAAGGGGGAGGGGAAGCAGACUCUACCCACGGUGCCGGAAGCCAGCGGCACCACGAGCUCGCCGCGGAAAAAACCGCGGCCGACGUACCUGCCGGAGCAGCGGCCUCGCUGGAAGGACCUCCCCCGGGAGCAAGUGGAGGAGCUGGUGAAGCUGUCUGAGGCGCGUCGGGCGAGCAUCCUCCGCCGCAUGCCGCCGGAGCAGUACGAGCGCGAGAUGCGCCUCCUGCGGCGCAUGAACCACUCCCUGCAGUUCCUCCGCAACCCGCGGCACCUCCCCGCCGCGAGCUACAAGGAGGUGGCCCAGCGCGCGCGCGCCAAGGGCGAAAUGGGCAUGUCCCUGCGCCACAAGCUCACCGCCGACACGGAGCGGACGUUCAACGUGGAGCCCGCGGAGGUGCUCUUCCGCGUGUUCGAGCCGGGCUCCGUCUUCAAGACAAUGGUCGAGCUGCGCAACGUGUCGGGCGUGUCGCGGCGGCUGCGCAUCCUGCCCCCGACAUCGCAGUACUUCACUCUCGACGCCAUCUCCGUGCCGCACGAGGGGGGCCUGGUGGCCCCGGGGAUGUCGGCGUCGUGCGUGGUCGUGUUCACGCCGGACUCGGUCGCGCAGUACGACGACGUGCUCGCCGUGGAGACCGACGCGGGCCGCAUCGAGAUCCCCCUCCUCGGGCGGAGAGACCCCCCCAAGCUGGGCAUUCCGAAGGACAUCGACGUCGGGCCGUGCCUCAUGGACAACACGAAGACGAUCGCCGUGCAGUUCACCAACACCGGCGGCGGCGCGCGGUUCUGCCUCGUCGACCCCGAGCCCAGCACGCGCAGCCAGCGGCUGAUGUCGCCGCGCGGGACGGGCCGCCGGCGCAACUUCCGGCACAGCGUGGACCCGACGGGCGGGGAGAUCGACCCGCGCGUGGCGGGGUCGGGGCUGAACCGCCAGGUGUCGAGCUUCGUCAUGCACGACUCCACCAACCUGCACGCGCCCGACUUCAUACCCCCGCUGUUUGGGACGGGGGGGACCGCCGAGCCCACCGCGGGCGAGGUCGGCGACAUCGAGGACGUCGUCAAGUUCACAGGCGCCUCCGAGGGCGCCGAGAACCGCACCAGCGCCGCGUCCGAGGCCUCGGACGGGACCAUCGGCCCCGAGACGGCGGGCGCGCGCCUCGAGGUGUCCGAGUUCUCCAUCUGGCCGUCGCGGUUCGAGGUCACCGAGGGCGCGCAGGGCUGGCUGCAGGUCACCUUCCGCCCGCGCGCGCCCGGGCGGUGUCGCCGGCGGAUCCAGAUGGUCUGCGACAACGGCACGGUCCGCACCGUCAACCUGCUCGGGGAGUCGUGCGCGCUCAAGGUGCAGAUCGAGGGGAUCGACGGCCGCGCGCCGUCGAAGGAGGAGUUCGUGAUGCGCACGACUGAGUCCAUGCGCUCCGGCGACGUGCUCUCGCAGCUCCCCAGCGCCAACUCGGACGCGCCUGGGGCGUACAUCGCGAUGCCGUCGCGCGGCCACGAGGCCGCGGUACCGGCGUGGCUGCUCGACCUCUGGUUCGGCGAGGUGAUCCCGGGCUCCUCCGUGCACCGCGUCAUCCAGAUCUACAACCCUCUCCCGCUGAAGCUGCCCUACCAGUGGGCCAUCACGCCGCGGCGGCCGCGGAUCCUCCUGUCGGACGGCACGGGCUGGACGCGCAGCACGGUGACGGGGAGCCGCCCGCCUGGUCGCCGGAGCCGCCGCGAGACGGCGCACGCGGCCACGGGCUUCGCUGUGUUCCCAGACGCGGGCAUCCUGGAGCCGCACACGCUGACCGAGUUCAAGAUCACGUUCGGGCCGAUCGAGGUGGGCGAGUCGCGCGCGCUCCUCACGAUGCUCGUCGACCGCUCCGUCGAGGGCACCACCGCGCAGCAGGACGACGAGGACCUGUAUCAGCCCGACCCCAUCAUGGUGCGAUCCAAGUCGACGCGGUCGGUGCACGCGGCGCGGUCGGUGCGGAACCUCCCGCCGCCGGUCGGCGGGGACGACCCGCGCGCGGUCGGGCAGGCGCUGUCGCGGCGGCGCACCGCGGCGCUCGGGCACGGCUACGCGAAGUUCAAGAGCACGGCCAGGCGGUCGCAAAGCACGAAGCGGCUGGGCGACGCGGACGCGCGGCCGGUCCUGACGAGCGCGCCGACGAUGUUCCACAACUCGGACCUGGACGCCGCGACCACGCCGCUCGCGUCCUUCUCGCUGGCGGGCCUCGGGCGCCCGGUGAGCGUGCUGGUGGAGCCGCCCUACCUGCAAGUGCCGGGGUCGCUGACGCCCGGGCAGCGCUGGGAGAGCGAGAUCACCGUCGCGAACCCGGGGCCCGCGCCCGCGGAGUUCACCCUGAGUCAGCCGCUGCCGGAGGGACUCACGGUCGACCCCCCCGUGGGGACUAUCGAGCCGUUCAGCGAGCUGGCGCUCGCGCUGGACCUGGUGGCGCCGCAGCGGUGCGGGCUGCACGCCGGCACGCUCGAGGUGAUCGUGCGGCACGGUGGCGUCGGCGCGGCACUGCCGGUGCGGUACGUGGUGACGGGCCCUGACGUGGCGCUGUCGACGCCGAAACUGGACCUGAAGCUCGUGCAGAUGAACUGCGAGGCGACGGAGAGCGUGACGCUGACGAACACGUCGCCGUGCACGCCCGCGGCGUGGUCGCUCGCCGUCGGGCGCGUCCUGUUCCGCCGCGGCGGCGCCCCAGAGGGCCAGUGGGAGGUCCGCGACCCGUCAGACUGCGAGAAGCUCGUCGCGCUGACGCUCUCGGAGCAGGGCGGGGUCAUGGAGCCGCUCGGCGCGGCGGAGAUCGCGCUGGCGGUGCGCCCGUUCGCGGAGGGCACGAUCAAGCUCGUGCUGGAGGUGUCGGUGGAGGGCAGCGCGACGCAGCACCUGCCCGUGCUGAUCGACUGCGUGGAGCCGCGCGUGCGCGUGGUGUCGCCGGAGGUCGACCUCGGGACGGUGUUCGAGGGCAUCCCCGUGCCGUCGUUCGUGCAGUUGCAGAACGUCACGCCGUUCCCCGCGCACGUCCGAGUGGACGAGACGCUGCACGGCGGGAACGACCGCAUGCGCGUGAUGGUCCCGGGCGGCGGGCGGCUGACGAUUGCGGGGCACGCGAAGGAGCGCGUGCGCGUCGUGUUCCACCCGCGGCAGCUCGGGCGAUGCCAAGGCGUGUUGGCGCUGCACACCGAGGGGUCGACGCACCUGGCGGGGUUCCGCGUCACCGCGGUCGUCGAGGGGCUCAAGGUGUCGUACGAGAUGCGCACGCUGUCCGCGGACCCGUACAUCGGGCCGGAGAAGGCGGUCGUCGCGCAGGCGCCCGCGCCGACGCUCACCCGCGCGCACGUCCACGGGCUGCUCGCGGCGCCCGGCGGGCCCGGCGAGCUCGCGCGGAGCGGCACGAAGCCGCUCCGGCUGCCGCGUGCCCUGCGCGCCAACUCGCCGCCGCCGCCCGCGGCCAACGCCGCGCAGUCCCGGCACGCCACGCGCCCCACCACCGCCAAGAGCGCCGCAGGCAACAACGCGCUCGGACGGCAGGUGCCUGCGAUCCCGGGGCCGCCCCGCGCGCAGCUGGCGCCGGGGGUCACGUUCGAGGUCGUGGGCCGCGAGCCCGGCGCGCUGAUCGACCUGGGCGGCUGGUCUCCGAUCGGCAAACCGCGUCACUUCCAGCUCCUCGUGCACAACGAGUCAGGCAUCCAGACGCGCGCGCGGGUGUGGCUGAAGAACUUCGGCGUCAAGGCGGACGGCGCGAGCGCGCGCCAGACGCCCGUGGAGAUGGCGACGGACGCGAGCAUGGGCCGCCGCGCGAUGGAGAAGUUGCGCGGGAUGGUGCGCAAGGCGGCGGGCAACACCACCGGGGUGUGGGGGUCUAUUCUCCGGCGCGCGAAGACCGCGGCGGGGCCCGGGAAGCGCGAGCCGGGCCCGCGGCUCGCGGCGAUCGAGCGGGCCGGGGGCUUCGGGUCGGAGCUGGGGCAGGAGAUGGAGCUGGCGCGGCAGGUUGAGGAGACGAGCGAGCGGUCGCUGACGGGCGGGAAGGGGAUCGCGGUGACGAUCGCGCAGGAGGAGAUCACGAUCGAGGGGCACUCGACGGGGGUGUUCGACCUGACGGUGCACAGCGACAUGUGCGGGACGUACUUUGACGUGCUGCACUGCCAGGCGGGGAUGCUGCCGCCGCAGGCGUUCCCGUUCAAGAUCGGCGUCGUCGGGUCGCCGCUCUUCCUGCACAACACGCGCCGCGUCGUGCAGGGCUACCAGGGCGGCCGCGCGACGGAGAUCGCGGUGGACUUUGGGGAGGUGCCCCUGCGGCUGAACGAGACGCGCCCGGUGUUCGUGACCAACACGUCGCCGUUCCCGCUCAAGCUCAGCUGGGAGCACCGCAACAUCGUCGUCCCGCCGCCGGAGCCGCCCGCGCCGCCCCCGCGCCCGCGCAUCCCGUCGCCGACGCCGGAGCCCUCCGAGGCCCCGUCGCAGCCCGAGGACGGCGCCGGGAGCCAGGCCGGGAGCGCCAAGGGCGACGGCAGCGCCGCGGGCGGCACGACGCCCCCGCCCGAGGACGGCGAUGCGGCGGCGGAGCAGCCUGCGGACGCAGACGCGCCGGACAAGCCCGGGGACGGCGCGGAGUCGGGCAAGGACGGCGGGUCCGGCGCGGGGAGCGACGCCGGCAGCGGUGCGGGGAGCGCGGAGGCCGGCGAGGUGGAGCCGGUGGACGACGGCAAGCCUGUCGUUGCGGUGGGCCUGACGACGGAGCAGGGCAGGCUGCGGCUGCUGGUGGACCCGGCGCACGAGCCCGCGGACCCGUCGGUGAUAGACAGCGAGGGGGAAUUCGUGUUCCCGUUCCGCGUGGAGCCGCCCGUGGCGGCGAUCGGCGGCGGCGAGACGGCCCGGUUCGACGUCACGUACACAGCGCUGCCGGGGCGCGGGCCGCAGGGGUCGUGGGCGUGCGAGGCGCUGCUCGUGGGGCACCAGGAGCUGAUCAAGUCGGACGCCGCCGCCGCGCAGGUCGAGCGCCAGGCCACGCACACGCGCCGCCAGGGCGGCGGCGAGCCGGGCCGCUCCUUCAGCCCGACCUUCACCGAGGGCGGGCAGACCGAGGGGGGCCUCGGGGGCGCGACGGCGGUGGCGCGACGGCAGCAGCGGCGGCGCGGGACGCAGGAGCACAUCUCGCUGUCGCUGGUCCCGGGCAACGGCUCGGAGAACGCGCGGCUCAACGCCCUGCUGCAGGGGUCGUACCACCCGACGGCGGCGCCGCCCGACCUGUCGAUGGGCGUGCUGCGCGUGAAGCUGGCGGCGAAGACGACGCCGUCGCGGCUGGAGCCGGACGUGGAGGGCGCGUUGAAGUUCCUGGUGUUUGCCAGCGAGCCGUCGUCGCACAGCACGUACCGCGCCGCGGUGACGCUCACGAACACGCAGCACGCGGCGGUCGCGUUCCGGCUGUCCGUCACGGGCCCGUGGCUCCUGCAGUCGAUCGUGCCGUCGAUCCCGCGGGAGAUGGCGCUCACCGCCACGCACGCGGCGUCCGACCUGCGCGCGUCGCUGCGCCGCGACGGCGACCACGAGUGGCUCCUCCCGCCGCGCGAGAACGUCGAGGUCCUCCUGCAGCUCGAGAUCCCCGAGGACAGGGUCAACGACGCGGACGACUACUGCCUGGACGGCACCCUGCAUGCCGGGUUCACCAACGGCGACGCGCAGGAGCUCCCGCUGAUGGCCACGGUCGUCCACCCCGAGCUCGAGGUCAACAUGGCGGAGAUCUCGUACGGGCAGGUCCACGUCGAGGCGCCGAAGCCUAUCAAGGUCGUGCUGACCAACCCGACCCUGGCGGACGCCGAGUGGUGCAUCUGCGAGAAGGGCGGGCGGCCGCACUUCGGGCGCGGCGUGGUGCCGUCCGCGACGUUCGGGACCGUGCGCGUGGAGCCCGGGACGGGCGUCAUUCCCGGGCGCGGGCUGCGGAUGCCCAACACGCAGACCAUCACUAUCUGGCUGGCGCCCAAGACGGUGGGGCCGCAGGUGAAGGACUUGUGGUUCGCGGUGCGCAGGGGCCGCGGGGCGCGCGUGGUGGUGCGCGGGGAGGGCACGUUCGACGAGACGUGCGAGCACAACGCCAUCCUCAUGGACCUAUAG